AUUAAAAAAAUGGAUCUUGUUAUGGUUAGUUAAAUAAACGUAAAAAUGGAAACUUCCUCUUUCUUCUUCGUAACAAUGAUUCGCGGCUUCAACUCGUAGCUACGGAGCAAAGAAUGGCGAAGCGGCGGAGAUAGAGAUCUGUGUUUGUUCUCUUCACUUCUCCGGAAGCUUCUUCAUUCAUUGAACAAGUAAGUUCCUUCUUCUUCUUCUUCCACACCAAAAGAUCUUAUUCGAUAAUCGAGAAUUAAAAAAAAUGGAAACUCUGGCAACUGAUCCUGGAUUCAAUGAUUCGGGUGUAUACCUAAGGCUAGGGCUUAUUGUAGAGGGCAAGCGUUUGAAGAAGCCACCAGCACUUCUCUCACGUCUCGCUUCAUCUCUCGAGAGAUCUUUGUUGUUGCAUGACAAAUCUAUAUCUCCCCCAGAGUUCCAACACUCUACUGUGACCGUCUUUGACGGGAGAUCUCCGCCUGAGAUCACCAUUUCCGACUACUUGGAUCGCAUUUUCAUCUACUCUCGCUGCAGCCCCUCUUGCUUCGUCGUUGCCUACAUCUACAUUCUUCAGUUUCUCGACGUGACACGAGCUCAUCUCACGCCCCUUAAUGUCCACCGCCUUGUCGUUACGAGUGUCAUGUUAGCUGCUAAAGUCUUCGACGACAGGUACUACAACAAUGCUUACUACGCCAGAGUGGGAGGUGUGAGCACUAGAGAGUUGAAUAGAUUGGAGAUGAAGUUGUUGUUCGCCCUUGACUUUAAGCUUCAGGUGGAUCCUCGCACGUUUCACACGCACUGUUGUCAGUUAGAGAAACAGAACAGCGACGGGAUCCAGAUCGAGUGGCCUAUAAAAGAAGCAUGCCGGGCCAACAAAGAGACUUGGCGGAAGAGCACACCAGAGUCAGUCUGCUCUCAAACCACUGCACGCUGAUCAGGAAAUUGUAAGAUAGGGUUUUUUUUUGUGUGUGUGUGUGUGUGUGGUAGUGUUGAUCAUUCUUUUGCAAAUUUGAUUCUUGUGAGCAGCAAAAUUCACAAACUUUGAUUUUGUCAAGUAUAAAGUUUCUGAAAUUAUCACAAAGCUAGCUAGUACGUUUUAAGAGA